CCAGUUCUAGUUCUCUGCUAGAAAAUGGACGGGACUGAAGUAAUUGUAGCAGUUUUCGGUUGCCCUGGGGUAGGAAAGUCCACUUUUAUCUCGAAUGCCUUAGAGGGUCAGUUUGAGAGGAAACGUGAAGCUGGUAAUCAGCGUUACAUUACUGGCAGUGUCAAGAUGUGUGGCAGAGAAGUGCCAGUCAAAAUUGUUGAAGAGCCAGAGCUAACCACCAGAGCAAUAUUAUCCAUCAUACUGUUUGACAUUACUAGCCAUGAGACUUACAUGGAGCUGUCUCAACUCCUUGAAAUGAGUCACAGGGUUUGUCCUAGUGCUCACGUUGUUGUCAUUGGGGCUAAAGCUGAUCUUAGGAAACCGCAUCACGUGACGACUGAAGAAGCAGAGAGUUUCUGUUCUGGGCAUCGAAAUGGUACUCCUUAUUACGAGAUUGCUAACGGUCCUACAGAGAGUAUCAGUGCUUUGUUUAAGGAAGUACUGGCUCGCCCGCUCAUUAAUGAUCAUGUGUUAAGAUUUGACACUGCCCAAGAAAAUGCUUCAUUUAUUACUGAGACUAUGGAGUGGGCACUAACAACAGGGUCUGCUAACAUACUAACGCACUUAAGAGACUUGGGGUACGAGAUAUCUGAGGACCUUAUCAGAAAAUACGACGAGACAGUGGGAGCUUAUCUGCUAGGGGAAUACCCUCCCAAAACUCUCUCAAAAUUCUCCAUCAUCAAGAGACCAGAGUUCUCCGAGAGAGGCGAAGAAUCCGAACUAGACGAAGACGAUGAACCACAAACCAUCAUCGACACUAGACCCAGCCUCCAACUAAGCAAGACUCACCUCCUCCAACUAUCCGACAUUUCUCUUACUCUCAUUCCGUCCAGCUUCUUCCAAGACCUCCUCCCUCUCUCCUCCAUUACUCACGUCGACUUCUCUCGUAAUUUAUUAUGUGAGAUCCCGGUUGAAUUAUGUCAGUUGCCUUCUCUCACUUACCUUAAUCUCUCGCAUAAUUUUCUUUCUUCUCUUCCCUCGUAUGCACAUUGGGGCCACACCCACUUGAAGGUACUCAACGUUUCACAUAAUAAGCUUAUGGGCGAUGCCCUCUCGUCUCCGUCAGCUCAUAAGAAAUUAGGCGGAGCUGGGACUAUGUUUUUUACGAAAUUGUGGUCCAUUGAUGUUAGUUAUAAUGAGCUCAAUGUUUGCCCCAAGUGGAUAUUAAUUAGUAGAGCCUUGAUGCAUCUUGAUCUUAGCGGUAAUACUAAGAUUAAGUCCCUGCCCCCAGAGCUCGGCCUAAUGUCACACUUGCACACUCUCCUCUUUAAUGGCCUCACCCUCUCCGAUCCCCCAGACCCCAUACCCUCCCUUGGUACUCAGGCUAUACUCAGUUACCUUCACUACAAGCACAAGUCCUCUCAGCCCAUUACCAGUUUAAGAGUCGUCCUAGUUGGCCCAGAGUCGGUCGGUAAGACUUCGCUAGUGGCCAGACUGAAAGGAGAUCCUGUUGAUGGUAUUAACCCAACCAAAGGCCUUGAGGUCUCCGAGUGGAAGUACAAAGGUGACGUCCUCCGACGUAACAUGGUGACCUUUGAUCUUUGGGACUUUACUGGUUCCUCGCGCUACAAGUCUGUGUAUUCUUGUUUUGACUGCAAGGACUCACUCCAUAUCGCUGUCUUUAAUAUCAAUACUGGAUAUUCUGAGAUCAUUAGCUGGCUCUCUGACAUACAAUCCUUCUCUGAGGAGAGGGUCCCUGUGUUACUGGUCUUCACUCAUCUUGACUCGUGCCAGACGAGGGAGGUCAGGGAGUCUGAGAAGAAGAGCAGGAGUGAAUGGGUUAAGUAUAACAUGUCCAUCAGUAAGAAACCAGAGACCUCUCCAGCUUUCACACUCCUGGCUAGUUCUAUGAGUCAAACUGUGAAGUCAUUGCAGGAUAUUGAUGGUAGGAGCUCGGCUCACGAGCGUAUCCAAUCCUCCCUAGACCAGAUGGAGUUCUCGGGUCACAUUGUCCCUCUAAUGCCUCUUGUUAUUACUGAGCCUCAUUUCGUGAGCUGUACCACCGGAGAGGGUAUCUCCCAGUUACGUAAGACCCUCUAUAGGAUAGGGGCGGGGUCCUUUAGGACAACACACCCUGCCUUAUUGACAAUCGGGAUUGAAAUACCAACCAUGUACUUACAGGUUGAAGACCUCAUUCGUCAGUUAAGAGGACAUUUAAAAACAGUAAAGACUGAAGGAGAAUUGAAGCCAUUCCAUUCAUUCAAUGACAUCAGAGAGAGACUAAGACGACCAUUGAAACAGCUUGAUAUAACUGCCUCCGACUUCCUCACUGUAUUGAGAUUCCUACACAAAAGAGGUGUAGUAUUUUUACAUGAUUCUCCGCGAGUAGAUGACAGGAACUCACCAGUGGUAGCCAUCAACCCACAGAUAAUCGGGUUCCUUCUCCAGCGUACCAUCAGAUCGGGUGAGAUGCAUGGGGAGGGUAGCAUCCUUUCUGGAUUCCUUCCCAACGUCCACCCGGCCAUGAUUUGGGGCGUCGACCCGGUCCUAUUUGCCGAUGAUAAUAACUCAGCCGGUAUAACAGGUCUCCAAUUGAUAGAUUUCCUCACUUCGGUCGAUCUCUGUGCCCCCUUGGUCCCGGGGGCUGUCCUCAUCCCCUCUUUAUUGCCACGCCUACCUCCGGCCGAAACCGUGUUGAAUCUAGAGGACCUGAGUCCAAAGAGAGUUUAUAUAUUAGGGUACCUCCCCUCGUUCUUCUGGUGUCACUUAUUAUCGCGCGUGUUGCGUGCCUUAGCCUUCCAUCGCUUCCUUCAAGGGGAUACCCUCCUCACUCCCUCCUCCCCCUCCUCUCUCCCUCCUCGACCGGCUAACCCUCUUGUAACACCCACGGGUGCUCGGCUUUUCCUGUGGCAGAAACAUUUUGUUUUCGAGGACAUUGACGGGUCGAAGUUGUGGCUGGUCGUGUACGAAGGUGGUCAGCUGGGACCAGAGUCGACCCAGUACUGUGGGCGUAUUGAUGUCCUCUUGAAAACUGCUACUAGAGAGAAAGAAGCUGUACUGCUCAGGAUUGUGACUGAGGAAAUAGACCAGUUGCUCAUGGAGAAGUAUCCUAGUCUAUUAGAUGACUAUUUGACUCCUAGUCUUGUUGAUGUCCUCGUUCCCCUCAGUUCCAGCUGGUUCACAACAGACCUCCUCUCCCCCUCCUCCUCUCCUGACAGCCUUCAUGAGGCUUUCAGCAUAGGAGGAAGAGGAGGAAGAGAUGAGGAUGAAGAAGGAGUUGCUAUACCUAAUCUUUCAUACUCUCUCAAAGGUCGUGGCCACUCUUUCUCGUCUAUAGUUGAUAGUACUAGUCUCCAGUCCUUUAGCAGUAUACAGGGAACUCUUCAUGAAGCUUUUGCUAGCAUAAGAGCAACAGGUACUCUUCCAUCAAGUGUUAGUUCAGAAGAAGUGCCCAAUUUUGAUCCAGGGUCUAUAAGAUCAAAUCCUCAAAGUUCCUUAGGCGGACGGCAGGUCAUUGAUGAGACUCAGACUCAAAUCCAAUACCUGGUACCAGCAUGGGAAUGUUUGCAAGAGUCGUUCAAAUCGCCAGCCCAGCAACUUCGAAGUGGAAAGUUGGAUUUUCAGGGUCUAAUGCCCGACCUUCUUUUUGCUGACUGCCCCGCCCAGAGUUUUAUCACACCUCUCGAGAGUCACAUGAUAGGGAUAAAGGUCAACGAGUCGAAGGGAAUGUUCCUACGUCAUUACUUUAGCGAAAAAAUAAUGGAGCCUGCUAAGAGACACAAGGGGGCUCAAAAAACAUUUUAUCUAAAGAAGCACAUCACUAAAUUGUAUCAAGAUUUCGAUCUGCUAAAGAACCUCUCUACACCUCACAUCAUAUCAUCGCUAGGAUUCCAUUACAGUGUACCAGUACUGGCCUUAGAACUGUCUCCCCUUGGGUCUGUACGUAAAUACCUCAACGAUGGGAACAAGUUACUACAGUCUGGAGUACACCAGAUUGCAUUACAGGUGUUAAGUGCCAUUAAGUAUCUGGACACUAAUAGCUUGAACUAUCACUGUCUGACAUGUGACAAUGUGUUACUCUGGCUACUGGAACCAGUCACCGUAAAGCUCUCAGACUCUGGUUUACUGCACUCACCAGCCGACUGUAUUCUUUGUUCUACAUUAAAUACGACUGUAACCGCUUCAACCAGGAAAGCAAAAAUGUUUAGAUUUAAUCUCAUAAUGUUUGGCCUCUUUCUUUAUGAGCUAACACUUCACCGACGUGCUUAUGAGGACAUCAUGUCACUACCAACCUUAAUCCUUGCCCUCUAUCAUCAGCAGCUCGUCCUUAACGUGGAGGCUGACCUAAAACACAACCAGUCCCAAGUCAAAGCUUGUUAUAAACUCUGCAUGCAGUCAGUGAUACAACUGUGUAUUGGAAUGGGAGAACUCACUUUUAGAGGCUUGGAAUCGAGACUGAGUCUCUGUGCUGGUGAAAAUAACUGGUCACCUCUCAAGCUGACGCUAGACAUGGAGGUACUGCUCACUUCUCCCUCGUCUCCUUACGUCUAUUGGGCCUCUGGCUCUCGUGGUCUUGUCAUCGGUAACAUAGAACCAGAUGAAGGUACCUUGUAUAGUAAGAUCCUAGCAGAAGCCCCUAGACCAGAGUCAGGGUUGUUUGCUAAUAGACGUGGUAAACCGAUACCGAUAGCGGUCGGCCAUGCGACUGCCAUUGAUGUUUGUACAUAUACUCGUCAGGUGUGGGUGGGGACAGAGAAUGGGCUCAUGGGAUCCGUGUACGUAUUCAACCUCCCUGACUUCAAGUCUCAUCAUUACAUUCAUUUACAAGACGCCGUCCUCUCUUUAAAGAUAAUGAACUCCACCCCUCCUCCCCCUCCCUCUUCCUCUCAGAGUGAGUACGACUACAAGGCCCUAGUCGGUCUUGCUAACGGAACUAUUAUAAUAUUCUCUGGCAGAAACCAAGAGCGUCUUCUAGAGAACCCUCUCCAAGGUCCUCGGAGAGUAGUGACUACGUUCAACAGGAAACCUUGCCUUGGUAUUAACGCUGGUACCGAUGGUCACCUCUGGACUGCUUGUGGAGAUAAUUUCGAAGUUUUUGAGUUUCCUGCUAUGAAGUCGGUACGUCGUAAUGUUUGCUCCUAUAGUAACGGAGGGGGAGGGGCCUCAGCCUCAUCUGUAAAGGGUGAGGUUAUUAUAUACUCUGGUUUGAACAGGCAGGGGGUGUGGUCUGUUGCUAGGAGGAGCGCAGUGCUACGUCUGUGGGAUAUCAAAAAUGGGGAAUUGAAAGCAUCGUUUAAUGUCCGGAAUAUCUUAAAAGGCGAGUUUAAUGAGAUUACUGCUCUAGUAGUGAGAGGUCAUGCAGUGUGGCUGGGUACCAGGAGUGGGUACUUGUUCCUUCUUGAUGCUUCCGCUAUUGAGAACCAGGAGCAAGAGACGGCCAUUAAAGGUUUCCAGUAUUGCGGGGACGGACGUGUGAAGGGGAUCACACCUUUUCCCUCGUCUUUGAAGGUUCUAUGUAGUAUAGAGUAUUCCGAUGAGGUUUCUGGCUGCAUUAUGGUGUGGGAGUAUCAGUCAACAUCUUCUAAAACUCAGGCCCUCGUAUCACCCACCCAGUCCUUACAGCCUGUGAACAAGUACAGGAUUGAGUCAGAGUUUCUGUGUGACUCUUAAAAUUAACCGGAGGACUUUUUUGUCAUUUUGUGUGAAUGUGAAAUUUUAAUAAAUCAAUAAAUUUAAU